AUGUCAAACGCAACGAUAAGAUCUGAGGCUGCUGCAAGCAAUCCCUCUCCACAAUCUUUAAACCUAGCAGACCGCACUGCGCCCCGUCGACAGCGCGCCAGCUCUAUUCAAUCAUCUGACUCCGACCCAACCUCCUCCUCGGGCUCAUCUUCAGAGGAUGACAACGAGAGCGAAAGAGAAGACAAACAACACUCCGACCAAGAAAUGAAUGGCACCGAGGAGUCGACCACCCAUGCAAAUGCCUCUGAUCCAUCCUCAAUACCCCACAUCGCCGGCCGCCCGAAACCGCGCAUACAUCGUAUUAGAGGCGACUCGGGACUUUUGUCGCGGCUCAACGCUUUCUUGCCGAAGAUGAAAGAUGCAAAUGAGAAUUUGCAAAAGCAGAUUGAGGCUGGGGAGGCUGGAGAUCUGGUUCUCGAUAAUGCGGACGAAAAUGCAGAGCAAUAUAUUGAGAUGGAUCUUGGUCUUGGGGUUUUGGAAGAGAAACGCGAUGGUGAUUCUUCGAGUGAUGAGGAGAGUGAUGACGAAGGGUCUAAUGGUGUCACUGGCACUGGGGAGACCCCUCAAGAGAUGAAUGACUCGGAUAUCAUUGGGAAGCUUAUGGGAGGUAAGAGUAAAAAGUUGAAUACGGACAAGCCGUCUAUCGAGGAGAUGGCUUAA